AGAAACGACAGAGCAGGAGGAGGAGUGAAUGGAUGGAGUGACCCAGAAGGAGGAGAGGAUUGCUGAGCAAACAGACCGACAGAGCGCGAAAGGGAAGACGAGAGUGGCGUGGCAGCAACAGCAGAGCAAUUAAACAGUGGAAAGGAAAGCAAAGGCUCACAUGCCGAGCAGCUUCUGUCGCUCGCUCGCACUCUCUCUCUUUUGAGCAACCGAAGAGGCAGAAGUGAAGCGUCCAGACAACGAUAAAGGACAAGAGGAGGCAUGCAAGAGGCAGGGGGAGGAGCAAGCAUGCUUUGAUUGACAGAGUAAAGAGGAGGGACAUGGAUGCAAAUUGAAGAAUUUGAUUUUCUGGGAAUGGAUAUUUUUAGCAAAGGAAAAACAAAGGAGACAAAGAUAAAGGAUGCCGUUUCAGUCUAAAAGAAGGAUGGAAAAGGGAGGGAGAGAGUGAGAUGCUGAUUUCGGACCAUGUCAGAACAGAUUCCACAUCAGCGGCAUUCAGCCCUCCUGCAGGCAAGAGUCAGUGUGUGUGCGUAUGUGUGUAUGUGUGUGAGAACUAGCACAAAGUACGACCUCUGUAACACCAGGCUUUUGCCCAUGUGCCCCCAUAGUUGAGGACAGAGACACAUAGAGAUGGGAUGGCAAAAAGUCAGUACUGUAUCACUGUCAAAGCUAGAGAAAAAAAGUCAAAAAGACAAGAUGAGUGUGAUCGUGGGGUUGUGGGGUCAGUUGUAGUCUUUGGGAAAAACCCUCUCUUCACGGACUGUGGAAAAGGUUCGCCCAAGACAGUCUAUUUCACCAACAAGUUAGCCUGUCUGGAGACUCUCUCAGAUCCUUCUUUCUUGUGACUCAGCUGGCUCUACCUCUCACAAUCCAUCUCUUUUUCAUUAUUCUCUAUUACAAUCUGUCUUGUAUCUUUUGAAUCUUUUCUCUCAUUAAGAUCACUUCCCAUGUAACUGCCUCAUUCUUUCCAAUUCACUCGCCUGAACUUCAGGAGAUUCUGGGAGAAGCUCAGAGGGAGAUUUCAGGCUGUCCCCAAAGCCAGACUAAGUCUGGGCACCCUGACCAGAUGGACUGGGGUGGGAGCAAGUGAAAGAGAGAGAGCUAGAAAGAGACAGAGGGACAAGGAAAAUAGACUAGGGAUUUUGCCUGAGGGGUUAUAGAGAGUUGCCAGCGGGUAUGAAGACAUAUACUGAAUUUUGGGUACCUUAGAGAGCAGUGUGUUUGUGCAUGAAUGUGAUUAUUCAGUCCUGAAAUGAAGUUUGCAUACAUUUGACAGGAUAUUAAAGUGGAAGCUGAAGUAGAGUUGGGAUUGUACACUUCAAUUAAACUUAGAGUUGUCCUGCAGGUGCUACAACAGUACGUGACUUGAUUGCUGGACUCUGAACGUUAGAUUUGUAUUCAGGAAGUCAGUGUUGUGGCUCUCUCCGUGCUCCUGGAGCCCCAUGAGGGCCCCGGCCGUGGAGGCCUGGCUGGGAGAUGAAGCCGUCCCCCCUGCUGCUCUAGCAGCUCUGUGGGCCCUCAUGGCUCUGGAAGGCCGCUGUUUGCGCCCUGCCUCGCCCACACCGGGCCAACGCAGGGCCCGACGUCGCCGCACCCGACCCAGAACACCACGAGAUGAUCUGUCCCACCUCACGGCAGCCCUCCUAGCGCGGACUCGCCUCCACGGAUUGCGGCACAUCUGCACCCCGUCUAACUCUCUCAGCCGCCGGGCUUUUUGGAUGCUAGCCUUCUGUACUUGUCUGGGUCUUCUGUUGUCCUGGUCCUCGAAUCGGCUGCUUCACUGGCUGGCCUUUCCCACUCACACAAGAGUCCACACAGAGUGGGCAAGAGAACUCGCUUUUCCCACGGUUACCAUCUGCAACAAUAACGCAGUACGUUUGUAUCACCUCACUAAGAGCGAUCUGUACUUUGCGGGUCACUGGCUCGGACUGUUGCUGGCCAACCGCACAGCCAGACCCCUGGUGCUGGACCUGCUUCAAGAUGACAGACAGGCAUGGUUUAGCAAGCUGUCAGAUUUCCGUCUUUUCCUGCCUCCACGGCGCUUCGAGGGCACCAGCUUGGAGUUCAUGGACCGACUGGGCCACCAGCUGGAGGAUAUGCUACUGGCCUGCAAGUACCGUGGAGAGCCCUGUGGAGCUCACAACUUCUCCACUGUGUUUACACGUUAUGGGAAAUGUUACAUGUUUAACGCUGCUGAAGAGGGGAAGACUUUGAGGACUACAAUGAAAGGAGGCACGGGCAACGGCCUGGAGAUCAUGCUGGACAUCCAGCAGGAUGAAUACCUGCCUGUGUGGGGAGAAACAGAAGAGACCGCAUUUGAGGCAGGAGUGAGGGUGCAGAUCCACAGUCAGGCAGAGCCUCCCUUUGUACAUGAGCUGGGCUUCGGAGUCGCCCCAGGCUUUCAGACCUUCGUGGCUACCCAGGAGCAAAGACUGACAUACCUUCCUCCUCCGUGGGGUGAGUGUGUGUCCAGAGCCCUGGAUUCAGGCCUCUUUCAGGUGUACAGCGUGUCUGCCUGUCGCAUUGAGUGUGAGACGCGCUACAUCGUAGAGAACUGCAACUGCAGAAUGGUCUACAUGCCUGGUGAUUCUCCGUACUGCACUCCUGAACAGUAUAAGGAUUGUGCUGAACCUGCUCUGGCUGCUCUGUCAGCUGUUGAAGGCACAAACUGCAUCUGCAGGAGCCCAUGUAACAUGACUCGAUACAACAAAGAGCUUUCCAUGGUCAAGAUCCCCAGUAAAACCUCUGCACGCUACCUGGAGAAGAAGUUCAAUCGAUCAGAGAAGUACAUCACGGACAAUAUCCUAGUUCUGGAUGUGUUCUUUGAGGCUCUGAAUUAUGAGACCAUAGAGCAGAAGAAAGCAUACGAGGUGGCGGGUCUACUAGGUGAUAUUGGUGGUCAGAUGGGUUUGUUUAUCGGUGCAAGUAUCCUGACCAUACUGGAGCUAUUUGAUUAUGCAUAUGAGGUGGUGAAGGAGAGACUGCAGGACCUGCUGAACAGAGAGGAGGAGGAAGAGAGUCAUGGAGAGGAUGUGAGUACCUGUGAUCCGGUGGUAAACCACUCGGAAUCGAUUAGCCACACAGUCAGUGUUCCCCUCCAGACCACCCUGGGCACCCUAGAGGAGAUUGCCUGCUGAGCACCGUAACCCCUCCACACCAACAGGGGGGGCUGGGCCACUCCACUCCAAUUGGUGAAGGACAGAGUAAGACGAGGGAAAAGUCUCUAUUGCUUUUUCUCAACAUGUCAUCAUUUGGCACAAACAUGAGAACUAGAAGCCAAGGAGCUUCUCGAGGAACAUGAGGACCAUCUGUUUGUUCUGGACUCAUGAAGGAAAGCAGAAGCUUGUGGACCUGUCGGGACAGUCACUUGUAAAAAUAAGACAAACAUGAAAACACGAACAUGUGAGGAACUGCAGAUGCGCACAGCCUCUUUCUUUCUCUCUCUGCCCAGACGCCAUUUUGAAGUCUACUGCCAAAACA